AAGGUAGCUACUAGGAAGCGGAUGUGACAUCACGACGUGUUGACGCAGCUCUGGCUGUGGAGGCGACUAUGCUUUCCUGACGGUAAUUUUGUUAGUUAUUUUUUCAGGAUUUUUAAAUUGCAGUGUGAAUGACAGUCCGCGAAGGACAGAGACAUCUUUCAUGUAGUGUAAACUAUCGAAGAAUCGACUCCAUGGAGGUGGUAGACAGCCCGCUUAACCUCGCUCAUCAGCAGUGCAGGAAGGCAGACCGUUUGUUAGCGAGUGGAAAGUAUGAAGAGGCCAUCGUCUGCCAUGGAAAAGCAGCAGGUCAUUUGACAGACGCAAUGAAGGCAACAGAGUGCGAACAGGCUCGUCUGUCCAUGGAGCUACAGAGGGACAGUCAUUUCAAACAGCAGAGACUAAUCCAAGAGCGCUGGAAAAGAGAAGCUCGUCGUGAGGCAACAAAAGCCCAACCAGGCUCAGUGCAGUGCAGUCCUCCAGUGACCCAGCCCUCUGUACCCAAAUCCAGUUCACAGCUCCAGGCCCACAGCUCCCCAGGCCUCUCAACUACAGAGUGUGGAGGAGUCAGUGAGAGAGAGUAUGACACCUUACUCUACCAGCUUCAGACUCGGCAGACUGGAGGCUGCCAGCCUUUGACUCCACCAUGCCCUGGAUCUAAGACCACCAAAGAUGACAAAACCCGCCUGGAAGAACAGCAGACCACCAUUGAGGACCUGCGGCGCCUGGUCAACCACCUGAUGGAUGAAAAUCAGCGACUCCAGUCUGAGAAUGAGCGACUGCGAGUGGAAAAUGCCCGGCUGCACUCGGAAGCGGCCGAAGCAGCAGACUUUGUGGAGCGUUCUGAGCUCUGGGUACUCCCACAAACAGCUGGUGCUAUGGGAACAGGGGCUGGGCAGGAGAGGAAAAGCAUGGGGAAGGGGAUUGCAAUCCCCCAGUUGCCACCACUGGAGAUGCCAGCUCAGGAAGACCUGUGUCUGGAUGACCUGCCUCCUCUGGAGCUACCAGAGGACAUCCAGAAUGAACUACAGGAGCUAGAGCUAAUGGACAGGGAUAAACUGUGAUAAGACAGAUGUCUCUCACACACGCAACCAAUGUGACUUCUGAGUAUAGAUUCCAAAAUAUUUGACACCCACAGGCAGUCUGAUCAGACCCCUGCUCAGGCUUAAGGAAAUUCCAGGAGCUCACCAAAUCUCUGCAGUAAUAAGAAAGCUAAAGGUGGAAGUUGUCCAGUCCUGAUCAGUGCAACUAACCGAGGAAAGGAGCUGUCAGCUAAUCUUCUACAGUAAUGAAAAGAGGUACAAUUCAGCACAUUAAAGGAUAAUACUUGUGUCACUAAUACAACACAGACUAAGUCAAAGAUAAAGGAAUUGUUCACCCAGAAAUAAUGUCUUCUGGAAUAUCGGUGAGGUCAUCAGCAUGUCAGUAUGGCAUACACUGCGCUCUGCAUUAGCUUCAGGAAAAUAACUCAGUAACUCACUUCCCAACUUUUCUUUCUGGAACUUCAAACUACAUCUUGCCCAUCCUCCUCUGUAUUAUAUCACCAUCUGUAUUUGGGUCAUUUGUUGACAGCUGGGGUCUUUCCAUGACAACUGAGCAAAGACUGUGAGAUGAAGUUUAAAAGGUGAAUGCUAUUUGAGUAUUUCAUUGUGGAAUAUGUGGAUUUAUCAUGUAGUCUUCAUGGUGUAUGGAAAAAGACAACAUAAGCAGCAUAAUGUAAGUGUUCUGAAGCUAAAUGAUGAGCGCUUUGUGUUAAAGGUCAAAUAGUUAAUGUUUUUGCAUUCUUCCAGUGUCAGUAAAGUAAUAAUAUGAUCAUGCUUAAAUGUUGCUGGAAGUAUUGAUUUAAGCAAAAAGGUGUGUGUUUGCUUCUCUCUCUGUGUGUGUGUGUGUGUGUGUGAGUGUGAGAUCUGAGUGAUAAAGGUGGUAAAGAAGAGCUCAUCACCUUCAGUAUCACUGUAGGUUAACCAGUCAGUCGCUGUUGAGACUUACUAGUAGACUUACAAGUUGGGACUGUUUAAUUUAGUAAAUAUUAAAUAAGCAACAGCAUUACAUUGGUUUUUUGGUAUAAUGCUGGUGAAGUUUUGGUAGUUUUUGUGAUUUGGUGUUACCUUUUUUUUAACUUGUGCAGCAGAACCUGGGAGUUCAGUUUUCUUUUGUCUUUGCAUAGGAGAAGAGGAAAUAAAACAAGCAUUAAUGUGUAGUGUUGAAGGACAGUUGUCUGGAAGUCUAUAGAAUGACAAUUUGACCUAUUUCUGUCUUUAAAUAUUUUCUUUAGCUACAUUUGCCUGACAUGAAUGUGUCUAGUUUCUACAUUGGCAUUCUUAGUGUCCUGGAAUCAUGCUGUGGACUUUUGGCUGUGCAGCAAAUGAUUGUGGUUUCAGAACACUUAAUGCUGCGCCAGCAUACUAAUGGUCAAGGUUACUGUUUGUGCUGUGGUGCUUUAUCAACAUGUUCCCACUACCCUCAGUUGUCAUGGAGAUUCCUAGAAUGACGCAGCACCAUCACAUUCGCUGUGUGUUAGGCCCGAAACAUACUUCAUGCAAGUAUCCAGAUGCUUUGAGAUGCACAAGAUUGAUAUAACAUGUUGUUGCCUUAUUGCGUGUGACACAAACACAGGUUACAGUCUGAGCAUUGCCUCCUAACGGACAGCGCAGCAUGAAAGAAGAAAGCCAAUUCCUAGUGUUUGGGAUAACUUCAGUUCAAAACAACGGUGACUGACCAGUUCAGCGAAGCUCUUGCUGAACACAUCCAUAUGCAUAGGCAUACUUGUUAUACUUUGUCACCUCUUCAUUCAGACAGGAAUGCUGGUGAAAUGCUCUGGCCAAAAUUGUAACUGCUCUAAACCACAUUCCUCCAGGGUUGCCAUUUUUGUUUGCUGCUUCAUCUGGCAGAUAUUGCCCCCAUGUGGCAUGAGCUUGAUCACUUCCACCAGUUGUUAUAGCUACGUUCACAUUGCAGGCCUCAGUGCUCACUUCUGCUCUUUUUGUCAGAUCCAAUAGUUCACAUUCAUGUUAAGUGACAUGUAUCCAGCUCUGAUUACAAGCAAAACAACAUCUUCUGUACACUGGUCACAUUUUUAAUUUCCUCACAAAGUGUUUGGUCAGAAGCUUCUCCAUAAACAUUCAACGAAAGUGAAACUCCACGUUUAGCUUUAACUGGUCUGUGAGAGGCUGACAGAGAAUGGUGACAAGCGAUAUGUGCAGACAAGGAAGACGUUAAAUAAAAUGCAGAAAUUCCGAUCCAGCUGUUCUGACAUUGGUCACAUAGUCAGAGAUCGGAUACGUAUCGGAUCUAGGACCACAUAUGGAAGCGGCCCAGGUCUGAUUUGGUUUCUUCACACAUCCAUGAAAAGAUUAGAUUUUCACUCAGGUGGAGAGAAGUUGGAUUUGAGUCACUUUGGCAGGUAAUGUGAAUGUUGUUUGUGUUCACUGGCGACAUGUUCUAGCCUAGGUGAUGUCAUUCAUGUUCAUGCACCUGCGUGGAGGUUGUUUUGGGCCUUGCACUGACAAACUUGCAUGUGGGUGAGUAGGUGAUGACUAGAUGUUGAAUUUGUGAAUCAAGACCAUCACCAGAAGUAGUCAGUACUAAUUUCACCACCUGUUCACACUGUCAUAGAGAUUUUGGUCCAGCCCUACCCUGCUCUGCACACAGAUCAGGAUCAUCUAUGUGAUUUAGUCACAGGAAAGUAUAUUGCUGUUGGUGAAAAUUACAUUAGUGCAUUUUGAGUUUAAAUUAAAAAGCCUAUACUGUUUGUUUGUUUUUUAUUUUAUUUUAUGAGCAGAUAUAUGAACAGAUAUGGCUGCCAGUGAGAGAUUUCUCAUAUUCUGGUUUUAUGCAACAACAGCAAUAUUCAAGAGAGGCACCUUUCUCUACACAUUCAGACUAAAGACGAACUAAAACCUGAGGUUAAUGGGAAUGGAGGCUGAAGAACACACAGGUGACAGAGCCUUGUAAACCAAACGUCUGGUUCACACUGCAAGCAACUAGGUUGAUGACUUGUAUUCUAAAAUGGUUUGUAUAUAUUAGCCUAUUUACCAUCAAUGAUCUGUUUCUGUACCAAUUGAUUAUCUGUCCUCUUCUGCCGACGCUUCCCAAAAGCCUAGUUAGACGUUUUAGCUGAAACAAUUUAUUUCUGAAAAGAAUAGUCACAGUCCUACAUGCUGAGUCACAUAAUACAUCACAUCAUGUGGCAGUGCAGUUGUAGGAGCAUAUUGAUUGGCACUGCUUUACCAUGUGGUGGUGAUGUGUUAGGCAAAGUUCAUUUUCAUACCUUAUGACAAUAACAAAUGGUUAAAUAGAAUCGAAGAGAAACAUUCAGAAAUCUAAAGCACUGUGAGAUGUUGGAAGCUACUCAACAAGAAAUGAAGUUAAAUGGACUAAAACAUGCACCAAGACUGUGAUUGUACUGUUAAAGCUGCAUUAAUCAAUUUGUGGUCACCAGGGAACAGAAAGGCUCUAAAAGGUUGAUGGAAACAGCCUGGAUAUACUGAAGUUUAACGCAGGUUGCCCGUUUACACAUUCAGCAAAUGCAUGUUUUCACUUUUGUGGGGCAGCUGUGGUGAGGAGGUAAGUGGACUUGUAUGGCGCUCCUCUCUUCAAGCAUUUUCAGAGCCCUUUCACAUUAUUUGCCCAUUUGCACUCAAACACAUACCGGUGUACAGCCACCAGGAGCAGCUUGGUGUUUACUUCAACAUGGAGAAGCCAGGAAUCGAGCUCAACAACUGACCCACUCUGUCUUUUGAGCCGGUAGAGGUAGAGUAGGUUAACGCCUAACUGCAGAGUUGGUGGUUCGGUUCCUGUCGUCCUUGUAAAAUAUAGGUUCAAUUAAAAAAAAUAGUAAAGUACACUGAUUUGAUGCUCUACAAAAUAAUUUUUCUUCAGGCUAAGCUGGCACACCAAUAAAAUUAUUUAGUGGAGCAUCAAAUCAUUGUGCAGGCUACAGUCUUUUUAUGCUACUAAUAAUACCCUUUGUUCUACUCAGCUGAUGCAAAGAUGUUUUUGGGGAGGUGCAUGCACUUUUCUUAACAUAUUAAAAAAAUCUUGAUGAAUGCAGCUUUGACAAAACUAAAGAUGGAUUAAUCAGUGUAUGGUCCAAGGAAGACACGAUUGGUGGUUGUCGAAAGAAAGAAAAGGACUUGAGGAAGCUAGUUUGAGUGUGUUGCUUGCAGUUUGAAAGCAUGUGGUAUGUGCAUGCACACAUUAGUACACACACUGAGGCAUUUAUACAAACUCAAGAACACAUAUUCCCUUACUGGAACAAUAAUGUAGAGCGGGGUGCAACCAGGGCAGUUAUGCUGCAUUCACGACCUAUGCAAAAUAUGAUGGACAAUAAAACACUCAUCAGGUUUACCUUAGCUUUCUGCUGUUAAAUACUAAAAUAGAUGUUGCUUAAUGUCAGCAAUUAUACGUAACCUAAUGCUGACAGUAAUGUCUUGCUGCAUGUUUGAUUUGUUAUUGAUAUGUUUGAUUUGCUUUAAAAUACUGAACAUGCAUAGUCAUAAUGUGAGAGAAAGUAAAUGUAUAGCGAAUGGGCUCCAUACAAAUCUACAUUCAUGUGCUCUUGAAUUUAAAUGAAUGAAUAACUGAUGUGUUGAUGAUCAUUUUCAUAGGACAUGAAUGCAGCAUUACAAUGAAGACAGAGGCACCUCAUACAGCUAAGGAAGUCACUUUUCACUUGUAAUCAAAGUAGAAAAUGAACAAUCAAACUGCCGGCUGGCCGGCUAGCAUCUGUCACAGUAGCCAGAACUGUUUCAACAACUCUGUACCUUCUCAGCAAACCCAGCCUGUGCCUUGGACACCUUUCUGUAUUGUGGUGGCAGUCUCGUCUCUCGACCUUAACCCUGUAAAGCCUGAAACAUCCAAAAAUAGCCAGAACACUCUGAUUUUUUGGAACUGAGAUGUUUAUUAA